CCCCUGCCCCGCGCACUCCGCUCCGCGCCCCUCUUAGCCCGCGUCAUGAAUAUCCGACCAAACGAACGGCGCGCGCCCGGCUCGCCAGUCAUCGAGCGGCGGUCUUGGGAGAUGCUAUUGGAGAGAAACAAAAAAAUACUAACGCUACCGUUCAUCUGACAUGCGCGUACUUAUUUCUAAAUACUGACUAAAAACAAACGAACCAAUUGGAUUUCAGUGAUCGAACAAAGUGACAGUGCAGUGUUGACAUUAGAUCGGCUGCAAAUUCGCUUAUUCCGCGUAUGAUUUAACCGUUUGGUGCAGUGUUUAUGUUGGGUACGCGCCGCCCGUUUCGUCCGGCGUGCUGGAGGGACGUCGCCCUCGAGGAUUCCUAUUAGAGAUGAGGCGGCGAGAAGUAUUACGCGCGGCAGCGAGGUGAGGCAGCCGGAGCGGCAUGGACCAUGCGGUGAAGGCGAUGUCGGCGCGUGGGCCGCUCUCCCGGCUGCUGGCGCGGCGGCGGUUUGAGUCAGCCGAGCUGGAGGAGCUGUAUGCGCGCUAUGCGUGUAAGCUACAGCGCACCUCCGUCGGCUCGGCGCUGGCUCUAUGGGCACUGCUCGCCGCCGCACUCGCCGCUGUCGAUGCCACUCGUGGGUGGCGGAGGGCACCACAGGUCGGCGUAUUGACGGCGCACGCACUGCUAUGUAGCGGGUUAGCGUGGUGGUGUGGUCGUGCCGGAGUGGCCCCAGAGAGGCGGUUACCACGAGCUUGCUGGUUGGCACUGGCUGGCGGUGGAGUCACCUUGGCCGCAACUCUCCCAGCAUGGAACACCGGUGCAGCAGCAGAGGGUGCCGCACACGUCGUAUGGGCUGUGUUCGCUGCUUACGCCCUGCUGCCGGUUGGAGCGCCAGUCGCCGCGGCUUUUGGCAUCCUCCUACCCACAGCGCAUACGAUCGCGUCAGCACUUGUCGCAAACCGCUUCCCUUAUCAUGUUUGGCAGCAGAUGGUGGGCAACGUGGUUGUGUUCGUGUGUGUAAACGUAGUGGGUGCUCUGAUGCACUCGCUGAUGGAGACUGCACAGCGGCGCGCCUUCCUCGACACCAGGAACUGUAUCGCUGCCAGACUCGACAUGGAAGACGAGAAUGAGAAACUAGAACGAUUGCUGUUGUCGGUGCUCCCUCAACACGUGGCCAUGGAAAUGAAAAACGACAUCAUCUCGCCGGUCGAGGGCCAGUUCCAUAAGAUCUACAUCCAGAAGCAUGAACAAGUCAGUAUCCUGUUCGCCGAUAUAGUGGGCUUUACCGUGCUCGCGUCGCAGUGCAGCGCCCAGGAGUUGGUGCGGCUACUCAACGAACUAUUUGGACGAUUCGAUCAACUCGCCAAUGAUAACCACUGUCUCCGAAUCAAGAUUCUCGGCGACUGCUACUACUGCGUGUCCGGACUGCCUGAACCUCGAUCAGACCAUGGAAGGUGUACUGUAGAGAUGGGGCUCGACAUGAUCGAUGCUAUCGCAUCUGUGGUGGAAGCGACAGACGUCCAACUGAACAUGCGCGUCGGCAUCCAUACCGGACGAGUGCUGUGUGGAGUGCUGGGCCUGCGUAAGUGGCAGUACGAUGUCUGGUCCAAUGACGUCACUCUAGCUAACAAUAUGGAGGCUGGAGGUGAACCAGGACGAGUGCACAUAACACAGGCGACGCUCGAGUGCCUCGGCGGGGCUUACGAGGUGGAGCCGGGUCACGGCGGCAGUCGCAACGCGUACCUUCGGGACCACUCCGUGCAGACUUACUUCAUCAUUCCGCCGCCAAGACGAAGAAAAAUGUGUCUAUCGGCUGGUGUGGGCCUCGGCUCGGCUUCGCGCCGGAAACUUUCCUUCAAGAACGUUUCCAACGUCGUGGUGCAGUUACUCCACUCCAUCAAGUUCAACGUGGACGUGCCGUUCUCAAACAUGGCCGCUUCCCCUCAGGAGCUCAAGGCCAAUGCGGCUAGGAAGAAUAAAGUGACGGAGAAGUUUAAGCGUCCGUUGAAAAAGCGCCACUCGUCUGUGUACCAUCAGCCCACGAACCGCGUGAACAAGUACUUGGCGCAGGCCAUCGACGCGCGCUCCGUGCACCGCGAGAAGGCCACGCACGUACACCUGCUCACGCUCUGCUUCAAGGAUGCCGACAAGGAAGCUCAGUACCGAGCAUCAACAGACGGCGGUUGGGCGGGAUCCCUAUCCGCUGCGCUAUGUGCCUUAGUAGCGGCGGGAGCCUUGCAAGCCUCCAUCCUACCACAAACCUAUAUCCUCCUCAUAUUGUUCGUGACGGCCUUCGCCUGGUCUGCAGCAGUACUGGCCCUGACUCUGGCUGCGAGACUGAGGCUCAUACCAUGCGAUGUGUCUCGACCAUUCACUCUAAGAAAUGCUAUCACGACGUUCACUAUUGUGCUUGGUUACGCUGUUGGACAAGUUAAUGUGAAAUCUAACAGGCAACACGACAAGUAUGGCCGAAGUGCUACAAUGCGGGGUGAUCUUGCCGCACAGCUCUGGUCGAGUCGGACGGAACAUCUUGCUUGUCCAGUCCCACUAUACAUCACAUUGGGUUGCUGCCUCAGUAUGCUGGUGGUAGCCGUGUUCUUAAGGCUCCCAAUCCUGGUGAAAGGGAUCCUUUUGGCUGUGAUGACCGCCGGUUACAUGGGUGUUAUACUCGGCUUCCAUAAGGCAUUGUUCGACUGCUACGAUUUGAUGAUUGAUUCAGGCUUGGUGGGUUCCGCGUACGUAGCCAGUGCGUGGACGGUGGCGUUGGCUCUGGCGGUGCUACUGCACGCGAGGCAGACUGAAUGGACGGCCAGGUUGGACUUCCUAUGGCAGGCACAAGCUCGGGACGAAAAGAGGGAUAUGGAUGCUUUGCAGGACUUGUACCACCAGUCGUACCAGCGCGUCGGCGUGGUGUUCGCGUCCAUCACCAACUACCACGAGUUCUACAUGGAGCUCGACGGGAACAACCAGGGCAUGGAGUGUCUGCGGCUGCUCAACGAAAUUAUUGCUGAUUUUGAUGAGCUUCUGGGUGAAGAUCGUUUCGGUGCAAUAGACAAGAUCAAGACUGUUGGAUCGACGUACAUGGCGGCAGUGGGUUUGAUUCCCGAUAGGAAGAUGACGGACGAGCCGAGUACACGCAAACAUAUGGCCACGCUCGUCGAGUUUGUGUUCGCGAUGAGGGACAAACUGAAGGACAUCAACGACAACUCAUACAAUAACUUUAUGUUGCGAGUCGGUAUAAACGUUGGUCCCGUAGUAGCUGGUGUAAUAGGAGCGCGGAAACCACAGUACGAUAUCUGGGGUAACACAGUCAAUGUCGCAUCUCGCAUGGACUCCACUGGUCUACCCAAUCACACGCAAGUCACUGAGGAGGUGUACCAAGUACUGAAGGACAUGCCUUACCAGUUUGUGUGCAGAGGCAAGGUCAAAGUAAAGGGCAAGGGAGAAAUGACUACCUACUUCCUUACUGAUAGAGCUCCAGCUAACGGGACCAUACAGAGCACGUCUAAUGGUCCCACAAACAACCCUCCCACCGCAUACGGUGGUGUUGCUACCCCUCUUGCCAUGCUACAAAACUCAGCGAGGAGAGCAGCCGCACAACCUUCAAGAUUGCCACCUCUGAGAGAAUCCUCAGUAGCUGGAGAGAAUGAACCGCUCCUACCUUCUAAUGGACAUCAGAGUAAUGGCAAUAAUAAGGGUAGCAAGGGGCGCAGAAACAAGGAGAACGGGGACAGUCCUCCACCUCCUCCACCACAUGGCACGGGCCACGUGGGUGGGCACGGCAGCGUGGGCCCGCGCUGGCCGCCGCCGCGCGCGCUUGUUGCGCCGUGGCCGCGGCCGGCGGAGGCCCGGCCCGCGCCCCACAAGCGGCGCGGCCCGGCCCGCCUGCCGCGCCCGCGCUCCAGCGAGAGCCUGCCACUGGCACGCAGCCCGCGCGUGCACUCCUCCGCCGACGAGCUCAGCUCCCUCACUCGCUCGCCCAGCCUCAGCUCCUCUGACGAGAGCUACUCCCGCACCACUGAUGCCUCACCCUCACCCCCGCGACCCUCUCAAUGGAUUCCACCGACGAGACCCCAGCGCGCUAACCCGAGCCCAGCUUACGACUACCCACCCGUACGCCCCAGCAAACCCACCGUUAACCACAUCAACGAUAUAUACGCCAAACAUAAAAUAGCCAGGAAACCGUCUCUCGAAGAUAAGUUCCUCGAUGGAAGUGUGGACUUCCAGAAAGAAGAAGAAAAGUUGCAGAGAAGCAUCAUUAAUAUGAUCCAAGCUUCUGCAAAGCGCGAUGGCUGCUGUCAAACUGACAAGAAAGAUGUGGUCACUCGACUGGGGCAACGAGCAGAUUCAUUUUCAAGUUCAGGUAGCCGACCGACGAACUUGAAACAUCUGAAUCACGAUGGACGAGAACCUUUUGCGAAGCGAAGUCCGUCAGACGUGGCGUGCGUACCGCCUUUCGAACGGGAGAUCCAACGACUGCUCGAUGAUAAAAAUCUUAUCAAAAUUAACCCGCCCAAGUCAGAACGGAAAGAACUGAAAUUGGAAUUAAGGGGAGCAAACCCGUCUCUGGAGCCGAUGCGCAACUGCAACAAUAACAACAACAGUAGCCCUCUACACGCGGUUGGCCUGGCCGCCAUCACACAGGUCGUGCGCAACGAGGCCAGUAGUCCUGCCAGGCCCCAGGAGUUCCCCGGGGUACUACCCACCGACGUCGUCGUAGAACUGCCGUCACCCAACCAUGAGCGACAUAGACCUAGCCCACCAUGCGAAAGGAAACCUGAUCCCAUUACUAUUCGGGAAAAGGAGAGAGAAAAAGAAGUCCAGGAGAGACUGCACCACCGAGUGGCCGCUUCUCAUCAUAGAGAAAUGGGUAUAUACGGGGAGAGUCAAUCCGAAUGGAGCUCGUCUUGCUCGGAGGGUGAGGGCGACGGGGAGGGCGGGCAGCCAGAGAGUACUGGCUACACGACGGACGACCCCGCGCUGGAGAACGUGUCCAUGCUGAACGAGGCCGGCCUCACGGACGCGGAGGCGGCAUUGAGUGAUGUUAAUUCAUGCUACUUCGACCGCGACGACGACGUGUCGUCCCGCGCCUCGUCCCGCCUGCUGGACUCGGAGGCGCUGGUGUCGCUGGAGUCGCUGAGUGCUAUCUACGACUCGGACGAGCCGGCACACCGGUACCUCGCGAACAUUCGUACCGUCAGCGAGUCUAUCACGAGAAAUUUUGGACAGCCCGCGCACGUCACCGAUGGCGAGAGUGACGUGUAG